AUGCCCGCUCGUCCGACCAAGCAGCUACAUCAAUGUAGCCUUUGUGGCCGCAAAGGUCACAAUGUUCUUCGGUGCGAAGCUCCCGGUGCUGCUCGCUAUAGAAAGCUGUUGGCCAUUUACAAAGAUGACCAGAGAUUGAAUUCCAAGCAAACUGGUCGCAAAGGAAAGACUAGACCCAGAAGACAAAAAUUUGGUGACAGGAAAAAAAAGGCAAAGGACACAUACUCAGGUAAAAGGAAACGCUUGCAAGACGACAAGGUUAGACGUGAGAAGAGAAGAAAGCAGGAGCAUCUCAAGGGAGAUGAACAGAAUGCAGUCAAGGAGCUUCAAAAAAUAGGCUUUUUGAAAGCACCGCAAAGAUGUCCUUUUUGCAAGAGAUACAAUCUGUAUCAAGCUGACAACAAAGGGAAGACUGUGGAGUAUCGUUGCAAAUGGGCGUAUUGUAGAAAAAGGAUCACUGCUUUGAACCAUAGCUAUGGACUACCUCAAAGUCUUGGACGGGGUCUUUCCGCCACGGGCUUGUUGGUUGCCAUUCGUUCCUACUGUGCUGCUACCAAGUGUGUGAGUCCAUUGGCCGUUGCUCAGACGAUUGGAUGCAGUGAGAAACCCAUUGCUCGUUUGUACACGUGCCUUCGAGAGAUGGAAGCGAAAGCUGGUGCUGAACUCAACUACAGCAUGCGGCUUCGGAAGGAGGUCGAGUUGGAUGGACACAAAGUCCGCACAGCAUGGGUUUCGAAAAAGACUACCAAGUUUCUGCCACAGGCAAAAUGCCAGAAGGCCAAGAAUUUCAUUCUUCACUAUGGUCUACUUGGUGCAUUCGAACGUUCGACUUCGAAGUGUUUGCUCGAGGCUAUGGAGCCACGCCUUCAACUUCCUGCUUCUAGGCCACCAGUUGAGUCUGCAGAUGAUGUGAGGCAAAGCUGUUUGUUGGAUAGAAUACAGAAAAACACCAUGUUAUACUCGGAUGGUGCUUUGGCAUGGCCAAAGGUUUCCAAAGAGAUGAGAAAAGGUUUUCGUAUUAAGCAGGUGAGCCAUCGUCGUCAAGAAUUUCUCAGAGGUCGAAACAUAGGAACUCAGAUAGCUGAUUCCCGUUGGAAAAGUAUGCAGUCAUGGAUUCCAAAGACUGUGAAGACGUUGUACAGAGGACGCCUCAAUAAAAAGCUGAUGAUCUAUGUGAGAUCAUGGCAAUUUAGAUUUGCACACCAGCAUCAAUACAUCCAGGCUUUGGGCCAGCUCUUCAAAACGAAGAAUGCCGACUGA